GUUCAGUCGGCAAUCAACAUUUCGAAGAAGUUGUAAGAUAGUGCGAUAAUGUUGUAAAAUCAUUUGAUAUUUGUUCAGCGCGCAGUGUCGAACAUAUUUUUCAUAAAAACUACAUUAAAUAGUUUCAAAAACACAUCAAAAUGCGCGAAAUAGUUCACGUACAAGCUGGACAAUGUGGAAAUCAAAUCGGAUCCAAGUUCUGGGAGAUAAUAUCAGACGAACAUGGAGUGGACCCGAAUGGUAUCUACAAGGGCGAGAGCGACCUACAGCUCGAACGCAUCAAGGUGUACUACAAUGAAGCGUCUACAGGCAAAUAUGUGCCUCGUGCAGUGUUGGUGGAUUUGGAGCCUGGCACAAUGGACUCCGUGAGGUCUGGCCCUUACGGUCAGCUGUUCAGACCAGACAACUUCGUGUUUGGCCAAAGCGGUGCCGGUAACAACUGGGCCAAGGGUCAUUAUACAGAGGGCGCUGAGUUAGUCGAUGCUGUCAUGGAUGUCAUUCGCAAAGAGGCCGAAGGCUGUGAUUGUUUACAAGGAUUCCAGCUGACCCACUCCUUGGGUGGAGGCACAGGAUCUGGCAUGGGUACUCUGUUACUCAGUAAGAUCCGCGAAGAGUUCCCUGAUAGGAUCAUGAACACCUUCAGCGUUGUACCAUCCCCUAAGGUAAGCGAGGUAGUCCUAGAACCCUACAACGCGACGCUCUCAGUGCACCAGCUGGUAGAAAACACAGACAUGUCAUUCUGUAUCGACAACGAAGCUCUCUACAACAUCUGCUUCAGAACUCUACGACUUGCCAGCCCUAGCUACGGGGAUUUGAAUCAUUUGAUUUCGCUCACAAUGUCAGGAGUGACAACUUGUCUCCGUUUCCCCGGACAAUUGAACGCCGACUUAAGAAAACUGGCCGUCAAUAUGGUACCAUUCCCUAGGCUGCAUUUCUUCAUGCCUGGUUUUGCUCCUCUCACAGCUAGGAAUUCGUUCAACUUCCGUGCACAGACUGUUCCUGAACUGAUGAGUCAGAUGUUCAACUCCUCGAACAUGAUGACGGCGACCGACCCGCGCCACGGCCGAUACCUCACUGUAGCUACUAUAUUCAGAGGCAGAAUGUCCAUGAAGGAAGUUGACGAACAGAUAUUGUCUAUACAGAACAAGAAUUCUAGCUACUUCGUAGAAUGGAUCCCCAACAACUUGAAGGUCGCUGUGUGUGACAUUCCCCCUCGAGGACUGAAGAUGUCUGCCACGUUCAUGGGCAACAGUACUGCUAUACAGGAGAUCUUCAAACGCAUCUCUGAGCAAUUCACUGCCAUGUUCCGACGAAAGGCUUUCCUCCACUGGUACACAGGCGAGGGUAUGGAUGAGAUGGAGUUCACUGAGGCAGCUAGCAACAUGGCGGAUCUUAUCUCUGAGUAUCAGCAGUACCAGGAGGCUAAUGUUGAUGACGAAGAUAUCUUCGACGAAGAAGAGGAACAACAAGAGGAAUAUCAAGCUGAACCGAGAGAAGUCAGCAACACAAUGGCCAUGAUAUAAGAUCCAACGUAGUUGUAACUCCUCUAGUAUUCCGUGAGCGACGCUGAUUGCUUACCAUCAGGUGAUCCGUUCUGCUCGUUAGCAGGUUUAUACCGUUAUAACAUUUGUGUCUGCUUUUCUAUUAAGUAAUAGCCUGGAUACAUUCCCUAUACAAAGUUAAACUUUAGCUGUUUUCGCCAACCCUAUACAUCUCUUAACUAAGAGUUACUUAGCGUGUUUAGGUAAUAACCACUACUUAGAUGUUGUGGAAACCAAAAGUCGUUAAGUGUAUUUUGACUUAACGGUUCCUUGAAAUGUUAGAGAGGUUGGUGGAAACGGUAAUAGUACCAGAUUUAAAUACAAUGAAAGAGUAAUUUUUUACAUUUAUUGUUAUUAAAUAUUCCUAUUUUUUUGAAGAUAUAUAAUUUGAAAUCAAGUCUUUUCAUUACUUACUCCUUUUUUAUUUAUUAUUUUGAUUUCGUUUUGGUUAUUUACAGUUUAAAUAAAGAUUUUUUGUACUUUAAGAUUAAUUUUUAGAGUUUUUAAUUAUUAAAGCAUUUAAUUAUUUAGAUAAACCGUCUAAAGUGUAUUGACGUCAAAAGUGUGACGUUAUGUUUUGUACGUGUGUCUAGAUUCAAUCAAUUCUUUCCUAAUCUUUGUAACUAAGAAAAUAAUCACGAAAGUAAUUUAACGUAUCAAAUCGUCAAUUAUGUAUGGUUAAAAUUAAUUAGAAGCGCUAUUUUUGCCAAAGUUGUAGCCAAAUAACUGUUUUAUUGGAUUAGCAACGGUUGUUUUAGAGGCAGUUAAUUUUCGAAGCUGCUAUUUUAUAAUUUAAAUAAAUAGAAGUGUCAUUCUUUAAAUUGGGUAUUUUCCAUAAUAAAAACAAUUAAAUAUUGAAGAAAAGUUUUUAUUACUUAGUUUGACUACAUAAUAAUUUAUUUUCAUAUUACUAGCAUAUUUUUCAAAUGAGUUUAUUUAAUAUAAAACGACGAUUAUCAAUCACAAUUUCGCAAAGGAAACGUUGGAAAAUACCCUAUUACAAGUUUUUAUGCAGUGUGACUUUGAUAUAACUAAAUACUUGGGAGUAUUUUCGGGGGAUAAAAUAGAACCAAUUAUUCCACACUAUCAUCUGUCUCUGCGCCAAAUAUCAUCUAGAUCCGUUUAGUAAUGUGAAAGCUUAACAAACAUACAUUCAAAUGAAUCCACAAUUAUACUUAGUAUUAUAAAUGUGAGUGUUUUUUUUGUAUGUCUUUCACGUCGCAACGGAGCAUUUUUAUGAUGUAAUUUUUGUGUCUAGAGAUAGAAUACUGGAGAGUAUAAUAUAGCUUCCUUUUAUCCUUUGAACUCGCGGGAAAAACUUAC